AUGAAGUCUAUUUUAAGCUUUUUAUGCAAUACUUUCUUCGAAGACGGCGAUGAACAAAAGAACAACGAGAUGAAAAGAAUUUUUGGAAAGUUACUGAUGCCGGACCUAAUGACGAUGAUGAUUGACGAAAGCAUCGCUCCUGCUGUGCCCUCUAAUAGAUACAACUUACAUGAUUUUGAGCCUAUUGCAAAAGCAGCCACUGAAUUUGAAAGACACUGCGAACAAUAUUAUGGUUUUGAUGUGAUCACAGAUAGUGAUGUGACAACACUGAGAUCUUACAUCAACAACAUAGAUAAGCAUUAUGCCCUAAAAAGGAGUGGAAAGAUCUUACAGGAAGGCAGAAAUGUGAUGGUCCGUCGACUUUACGAUACUGAUAAAGUCGAAGAACAAACAGACCGCCACACUUAUAAGUAUCAAGUUACUCAAACACCUCAACUGCUCAGUGUGCUUAUAUCGGAUACAUUUUCCGAAGCUGCUACUUUACAAGCAGACGGUCAUCUUACUUCAGCUAAAACACUCAUUGAGGGGAUACGAGAUCUGCUGGAUAUGUAUCGAGCAAUCAUGCCCAGCUUCCACAGAACACAUUACCUAUCUAGUGCUGCAAACUCUCUCAUUUUUCGAAACGAUUGCUACUGGUUAGCAAAUCAGCUCACCUUUUCUAUUUUGAACUUGCCUGAAGCACAGCAACAACAUUUCAAUCAAUCGAUCACGUAUUUGAAGGAUGCAUCCAUAUAUUUACAAGAGUUGGGUAACGCAUGGUACGAGCUAGCACUCAUGCGUUGCUUCCGCACUCUCCAAUCCGUUUUGGAAACGCUCGACGGCUUCACAGGCAUGGCCGAAAAUAUGAAAUUUCAAAAAGAUUGCGACCAUGCAAUGUCCAAAAUCAUUGAGCUAGUCGGUUCUUAUGCAGCGGAGAUUCAGUCAGUAGUGGAUGAGCAAACACUCUUUUUGGACAUCUUAGGACGUAUUGUAGAUUAUGUUCUCAAUUAUCUAAUUCAAGAUAUUGAAUCACUUGUUGACAUUGGAGCAGACGAAUCACACAUCAUUGCGCAAAACCUGAAUAGAUUAAUGGGUUUGGUGGGUGCAUUCGAUCUACCUGGUCAAGACGCUACAGAAAACUUAAUAAUCAACUUAGUACCCAGCUGGCAAAAAUUCUGGCUGCUUAAGGAUAUUUUGGAGAUGAAUAUGCGAGACAUCAUGGAUGCUUUUAGGAGAGGAAAAUUACAUAUGUUCGAAAAAUCGGAAAUGAUUGGAUUGUUGUGUUCGCUAUUCGCAGAUACUGAAUUAAGAGAAAUGAACAUUAAGGAGAUCCAAGAGGGCAGUUCUUACUCUACUAGAUUAGCAACGGACAAUGAAAGCGCAAACUCAGGCCUACACCCAACGAUAGCAGCAGCUGAGGAUCAAACGCUGCCGACGCCAACAACAGGAGUGUCUCCACCUACUAGCACUAUUACGUCAUAUAGACCUAAUAUGACGACUGCACCAGCGACUUUAACAGAUACCAAACUGCAUUUAAACUAUAGUCCUGAUGAUAUGGAUAUAGAUGCAGCAGCUGAAGGAUGGGGAAUAGAUGAUGAUGACACUUUGUUCGACAACCAAGAUUUACCAACAGGUUCUGCUGAUAAAAUAGAUGAAGAGGAGAAUGAUACUAAAAAGGCCGCAACAAUUGAUCACUCUACAAUAUCAAGUUCUUCAUCUUCGGUGUUUCCUCAAAAGAAUCAUCUGGCAAUAAUGGCCGGGGAAACGGAUAUUGAAGAAGCAACUGCAGAUGGUUGGGCAGAUGACGACGACGAUGAUCUUUUUCGCGUGGAAAGAUAUCUUUGUAAAGAUGACGAUGAGGAAGACACCGAUACAAAAGAGAUUAAUAUUUCCAAACAACCUAAAAUCGCAGUUAAAGAGCGGCCAGAGACAGCAAUGACUUCUUCUUCACCAUUGACUAUUCGAGAUGAUAUACAAGACGAAGAAGAAAAUGAUGGCUGGGAUGAUGACGAAUUGCUUUUUGAUGAAGAAGAUUUAAGAUAA